GCACAACUCCAACGAAGGCGUGUGUCCUGCACGGUGUCGUUUCAUCUCUCAAGCAUCUCCUCUUCUUACUCCCCCUCUGCCUGCACCUACCCUCUCCCCCAUAAUUCCUCCUCCCACGAUCGUCUCCCAGAUCUCCAGGUUAGGUUGUUCGAGGUACAGAUGGAUAAUUUCCUUGGAGGCUUUACAGAGGACUCUACAGCUUUUAAUCAGGAUAUCCUAAGAUGUCCAUUCUUGAGGAAUAUUAAUGAGCCAACCAAUUUCUCAUUUUCCUCGUCCAUGGCAUUCCCAAUGCCUGUACGUGGAGCUAAAGGGCCAAUUUUUGAAGAUGGUCCCAAUUUUGAUAUGGCAUUUAGGCUUUUUCAUGGUCGAGAUGGAGUGGUUCCACUCUCUGGAAGAUCAAUGCAUCCAGAGAGUGUAGAACUAAAACUAGCCUCAUCACAGUUCAAUCCUUUAGCUGCAAGGGCAGCCACUAUUAGUCUCUCAUCCUUCGGAGCUGGAGGGCCUUUCAGCUUUGAUUCUUUUGCUGAUAAGUGGAAAAAUCAGAAGAAGAAAUUUGAAUCAUCCAAGAAAGAUUCUUCUCAGGGUGGGAAAUCGCAGCAUGAAGCAGUGGGCAAUGAGUGGCUGCAAAUGGGGAACUGCCCAAUUGCGAAGUCAUACCGUGCAGUUAGCAGUGUCAUACCGCUUGUUGCAAAAGCACUUCAGCCUCCACCAGGCAUGAAAUUUAAAUGCCCGCCCGCAGUAGUUGCAGCAAGAGCAGCUUUAGCAAAGACUGCAUUUGCGAAGAAUCUCCGCCCUCAACCGUUGCCAGCAAAAGUACUCGCAAUCGGUCUUCUAGGCAUGGCAGCUAAUGUACCGUUAGGAAUAUGGCGAGAACACACUGAAAAAUUCUCACCCUCUUGGUUUGCUGCUGUUCAUGCAGCUGUUCCAUUCAUAGCUAUGCUGAGGAAGUCUAUCCUAAUGCCCAAGUCAGCCAUGGCGUUUACCAUUGCAGCAUCAGUUUUGGGACAAGUUAUCGGUUCUCGGGCAGAGCGACUCCGGCUCAAGGCAGUGGCUUCGAAAAAACUAACCCUCCAGGACUCUCUCAGCAAAACCAACCUUUUGCCGGUGGUUACUGUGAAGAAUGGUCAUUGUGGCGAUAUAGAGAGCUGGAAUCCUGUUACUGCUCUUCAUGUAGCAGGCCCUCCAUCACCAACCAACGUGCCCUGCUGAUCUCUUCCUCACCAUUUAUUGUGAGUUCUCUAAUCUGUAUCCUAUUGAGUGUAAUUCUUCAAUUAUACAUCAGUCUGUUCAUUUGUUUGGCAGCAUUUUGACAAUUCAAAAUAUAAAUUGAUGAAAUAAAAAGUAUGUGUGUGUGUGAAUUCUGAAUCUUGGUGGGAAUGUAAAUGUUGUUCCAUUUUGCUGUGUGA